AUUUAUAUAUAUACUCUGUCAGAUUCGCAUGCGGUGGCGAGAGCUGUGCAAGAAAUAUCGCAAUACAGUUAAUCACAAUGAUCUGUACAACGCUCAGAAAACUUGCCAAUAUUUUGAUGAUCUUAAUAAUCUGUUUGGAAUUUGGGAUUCUUCUGCCACAGUGCUUUUAAUUAAGCACCUUCAAGCAAGUGGACUCAAAUGUCGUGGUCAGACUGGGGGAACCCACACGAGAUACAGGGUGUGGGAUCAAAUUCGACAGAAUCUUCUGGCUUAUGGAUACAAAUUCACAGCAGAUCAAGUUCAGGGGCGAUGGAAUGCCCUCGUUACUUUGUAUCAAGGUAUGGUGGAUCACAACUCUAAAUCUAACAAUGAACCCAUCUCCAUUGCCUUUAAAGAUUAUGUUGAACAAAUAUAUAAAUAUAGCCCAGAGGCCAGCUCCAGACGGCGGAAGAUAAAGAAGAAACAAAGGAAACCAAGGACACUAAGAAGUAGGUUGGCUUGGAUGCAAAUUUAUAUUUCUGUAACUGUAUAUUAA